GACUCAACUCCUGGAGUUAAAUUUAGGAGUUGGAGCUGUACCAAACAGGCCCGUAGCCUACGCGUAUCCCAACAGAUAUUGGUAGUUGUCCGAACAUUAGACACGUGAAUGAGUGAACAAAUGAAAAUUCAGAUGGGAGCAUAUUUCUGAGAAUACUGCACACAUGCAAAAUUGCAAAUGGCAUAUUUCUAAUUGACAUUUAGAGCAUGAUGUCUAUAAGCACCAUAAUUUUCGUAACGUUUCAGAGCUUUUGACACAACUGUAAGUAUCAAAUUGUCCAGCCGAUCAAACUAAAAAAAUAUGAAAAGGGCUGCACAUGCAAAUCGAGAGAACAUGACACUCAGGGCUCUGAAUAUAAUUUCUCUGAACGAAAAUUCUCGGUCCAUCUUUUAUUCCGCUGAGGACGCAGAAAUCAAGUGGGUGCGUACCUCUCGUCACCGUCAGGUAUUGUAGAUCGUAUCUGUCCCGCACCUUGUGCUCAAGUGUAUCCGCUUCCUUGCUGCGACCAUGUCGGCGAGAAGGUGCUGCAGAGAGGCGUGAGUCGUGACACAGGGCACAACAGGGUAUUUUGCGCAUUUCACCAUCGUACAGUAAAAAUAUUAGAAAAAGACAAUCACAAAUAAAAAGACAAUGGAAAAAAAUCUACUGAUAUGAGCCCAGCCCCUUGCACAGGCUAAUUACAUAAUUGCUGUUAGUUCCUUUAACUAACUAGAGUGCAUCGCCACUGGAAAAGCAUCUGAAUCAGACCGCCUACCUACAGUUCAGUUCAUGCAUUUCAGGCCAGAUUAAGGACGGCGAACAAGACAGCAUUCCUGUGGCGCCAUCACCACUGGCAUCCAUUAGGACCUCGAUCACUUAACUGUAUGCAAUAUAUCCUCCUGUUCCUUUUCCCAGCUUCCUGAACAUAAUAAAGUGAAUUCACGAAUCAAAAGAAAAUUCAGAUGGGAGCAAAGAAGGGGGUGCUGAUUGCAUCGUGAAAACAACACUAUCAAUAGACCUGAUCAUGCAACCAUGGUUUUGAUCACUGCGAAAACCAUGGGCGUGAAAGAAGUGUAGAAAAGAAAGAAGAACAGGAGAAAGGGAGCAGAACAUAUCGAAGCUGGAGGUGAUGCUGGGCGAAUGGAAUCGCUCAUGGUGUUGUUUGUCUAGAACCUGCACACAAGCAACUACACAGCACCAACAAGCGUUAUCAAAAUGAGGAAAAAGGGCUUGAGCAAGGUGACCUUGUCCUCGGUGAACAUGGAACGGGGAAGGAGUAUCUUGAAGGAUUCGGCAUCCACCAAGAACCGACAUGGCGCUGCAUCAAUAAAACGAGAACCUCCCAGGCGGCCAUUAGUUCAGAUCUGAGGAAGGAAGGAGGUGCAAGCUGACCACAUGAUUAAGAUCUAGUCCACCACCAUCGAUACCAAGAACGCCUCGCUGCCUCGACCAUGCCGGCGGCGACGCCUGGAUCCGGCGGCGGGGGAUCACAGGCACGCGAUGAGGUGGUCGCCCCCCUGCCGCGCCGCCGCCUAGGCUGCCGCCUCCUGUUCGACGAAGCUGAUGCCGAAGGUGGACGGCCGGGCGGACGAUGGAGAGGCCUCCUGAUCCAGUUGUUGCCGCUAUCGCUUAGAGAGGAGCUGCAUUGAUGUGCGCUCGAUCCGCCGCCGAGGAUGUAGCCCAAUCCACGUUGCCGUCGAGGUCGAUGCCGCCGCUCGAUCUGUUGAGGCAGACCUCCGCGUCGGCACUGCCGAGGUCCUCGUCACAUCCGGCGAUGAGGACAGGAAGGGGGCAAGGGUGGCGCCUGAUGGUUGGAUGGCGGCCACCGUCCUAUUGCCAACUCACAACUGGACGACGCGCCGCCACACCUCCAACGCCGACAACCAGCCCGGAUCUCGCCCGCCAUUCGCCGAUCCUAAAAAAAAGGGGUGGACAGCGACGGGAGUAGGGGGCGAUGGUGGCGGCGCUGCGUGGACGGGGGAGGUGGCGGCACAAGGGGGACGCCGAUGUGGACGGGGAGGGUCAUCUCGGCGGCGUCGAAGCCAGCUCUACCUCAAACCCCCGCCGCUGGAUCCAGGCGGAGGACGACCGCCGUCGCCGGAUCGGGCGAGGGACAGCCCCGCCGAGCCCGUCGCCCGCCGUUGGCGCAGGCCAUCGUCGUCGCUCGCUGCUGGCGCAGGCCGUCGCCGUCGCCCGUCGUUGGAGGAAGCUGGAGGGACCCCGCCGCCUGCCGCCCGGCACACCGAGGAGGCCCAAGCCGGCGACCGCCCGCCGCCGACCUGCAAUCGCCGCUCAACCGCCUGUCGCACCCGCAGGCCUUCAUCGUCGCUGCCGAUCCGUAAAAAGUGGAGAUGGAGGGGAAAGUGGGUGAACGGUUUCUACGAGGGAGAGGGAGGGAGUAAAUAUAGGCCUGUUUGGAUACUCCGGCUAUUAACUAAUCCAUAAUUAGCGGCUCCGGGCUAUUAACUAAUCCAUAAUUAACGGCUGAUUACUAUAGAAUCACUGUAGCAAAUCAUGGAUUAAUAUACCUCGUUAGAUUCGUCUCAUAAAAUAGCCUAGAAGUUAUGGAAUAGGUUUUAUCAGUAAUCUAUGUUUAAUACUCUUAAAUAGCAAGAUUCCGGAGCGCUAUUUAAUAGCCCUCCGAAACCAAACAUGGCCAUAGUUAGCAGAUAGAGUUGAUAGUAAA